AUUGUCAGUUGAAAGAGAGAGGAAGUCACUACAAAGUACAGAGGAAAAACAGUUGCUGAAAUCAGAGAUCAAGCACAAGCUGAGAGACAGAAGUCCCUUCUGUCCGUGAAAUGCUGCUCCUGGCCCUGGCAUUGCUUGCAAUUCUGUUCCAAGAUGGUGACACUCAGGAUGCUUCACAGCAGCCGAUCUCCUUCCAUGUCAUCCAAAUCUCAUCCUUUUUCAACAGCACCUGGGCACAGACUCGAGGCUCAGGCUGGUUGGGAGAUUUGCAGAUUCAUGGCUGGGACAGUGAUGCAGGCACCGCCAUAUUCCUGAAGCCCUGGUCUAAGGGCAACUUGAGUGAUGAAGAGGUUUUAGAGAUGGAGGAAUUAUUUCGUGUUUACUUAUUUGGAUUUGUCAGAGAAGUCCAGGAACGUGCCAGUCCUUUCCAGUUGCAAUACCCCUUUGAGAUCCAGGGCAUCGCAGGCUGUGAGUUGCAUUCUGGAGGUGCCAUCACACCCUUUUUGAGGGGAGCUUUAGGGGGAAUGGAUUUCCUGAGCAUCAAGAAUAAUACAUGUUGGCCUUCCCCAGAAGGUGGCACCAGGGCACAGAAGUUCUGCACAUUAAUCAUGCAGUAUAAAGGUAUCUGUGAUACCAUAUACAACCUCCUCAUAAAUACUUGCCCCCCGUACCUGAUGAGUGUGCUUGCAGCAGGAAAGACAGAUCUGCAGAAGCAAGUGAAGCCCGAGGCCUGGCUGUCCAGUGGCCCCAGCCCUGGGCCCAGCCGUCUGCAGCUGGUGUGCCACGUCUCUGGCUUCCACCCGAAGCCCGUGUGGGUGACGUGGAUGAGGGGUGAGCAGGAGCAGAAGGACACUCAGCGAGGGGACGUCCUGCCCAAUGCUGAUGAGACCUGGUAUCUCCGAGUGACCCUGGAUGUGGCGGCAGGGGAGGCUGCUGGGCUGUCUUGCCGAGUGCAGCACAGCAGUCUAGGAGGGCAGGACAUCGUCCUCCCCUGGGGACACUCUGUCUCCAUUGGCUGGGUCAUCGUUGCAGUAAUAGUACCCUGUUUGAUCAUUUUGGUGUUCUUUGUUUUAUGGCUUUACAGGCGCUGGUCGUAUGAGGAUAUUUUGUGAUUUGUCACCAUCUCAUCUCUAUCAGGAAGAAUCAGUUCCAGGAUGUCUAGAAACUUGGGUUUUCAGCCCAGGAGUCAAUGCUCUUAUAUUGCAUCAAAUAUCCGUUGUUGUUGGUCAUGGCAAAGAUUCAGUUGAUCCGAGCCUACAUCACAGUAUAUCAGCAACAAUAAAGAGUUGUGAAUAUAUUUUGAGAUUGCGUCAAUUAAAAAAAUGUGCCCAGAUGUUAUCCCUUGUAGGGUAUAGGUGAUGUGCUUCUUUAGGCAACAAUGUGUUUUAUACAUUUUACUCUGUUAAUGUCAUGAGUUAUAUUUAUUUUCAAAU